AUGGCAAACAGGAAAUGUCAAAGUGGUACAGCCAGCAUGCUGGAUCCCCGGACAAGAGUUUGCCCCGCUUCGGCGCACGGCAGGGACACUGACAAUGAGGAGGAUCAUCUGCCGGUGGAGGAAUACACGGAGAAUGAGAACGAGGCGGUGCCCGUCGGGCAAGGCAGCCCCACGUUGGCAGAACACGAGUGCAACGAUAACAGUGCUGACGGUGAUUCCAGCUCGGACUACGUCAACAACACUUCUGAAGAGGAAGAUUAUGACGAAGGCCUCCCUGAGGAAGAGGAGGGCAUAACUUACUACAUUCGGUACUGCCCCGAGGAUGACAGUUACCUGGAAGGAAUGGACUGCAAUGGAGAGGAGUAUAUUCCUCACGAGGAGCAUCAAGUGGAGACCGAUGAGUGUCAAGAAGCCAUCGAGGAAGAGGAAUGGGCGGAAACGAAAAUUCAGCGCCAGGACGAAAGCGAGGCUACGGAAGAGGUGGUCUACCAUGAUAGUUGCGUUCAGCUUCUGGAAGGUGAGGUGGCGUCUCUGGAAAUCCAAGACCAAGACGAAAGCCUACAGUAUUGCCAUCCGGGCGAAGAAACCUACCCGGGCUAUUACUCGCCGGAAGCCAACGGGAACGCCCAUGGGAUGUCUCCAUACCGUUCCAGGAAAGACGAGGUGGAGCUGGAAGAGCAGGAAGAAGACAUCGACCAGAUUGUCGCCGAGAUCAAGAUGAGCAUGAGCAUGAGCAGCAUCAACAGCGCCUCGGAAAUGAGCCCAGAGCAUGCUGGGACUGAGAGUGUGCCAAAUGACUAUGCAGAGACUUGUCAAAAAGGAGACUCGAGCCAUACCGCCAACAGGCAUCAGGGGAGGCCCAAGUCCUUGAACAUCCCCCCGGCCUCAAAACAAGUCGGAGAUAUUCCCCGAGGCUUCAAAACCAAGUCGAGAACUCCAGAGGAAAGGCAGACAUGGCCGCAGGAACAGAUGUGCAACGGCUUGGAGCAGCCAAGGAAGCAGCAGCGCUCCGAUCUCAACGGACCCAUCGACAACAAUAAUAUGCCAGAGACCAAGAAAGUGUCGUCCUUCCCAAGUUUUGUCGACGUUCCAGGCCCUUGCGAACCCGAAGACCUCAUUGAUGGCAUUAUCUUCGCUGCCAAUUACCUGGGCUCCACGCAGCUGCUCUCUGAGCGUAACCCGUCCAAAAACAUCCGCAUGAUGCAAGCGCAGGAGGCGGUGAGCCGUGUCAAGAGGAUGCAAAAGGCAGCUAAAAUCAAGAAAAAAGCGAGCUCCGAGGGAGACGCCCAGGCCCUGACAGAAGUGGACCUCUUCAUCUCCACCCAGAGGAUUAAAGUCCUGAACGCCGACACGCAGGAAACCAUGAUGGACCACGCGCUGCGCACCAUCUCGUACAUCGCCGACAUCGGCAACAUCGUGGUGUUGAUGGCGAGGCGCCGGAUGCCCCGUUCGGCUUCGCAGGACUGCAUUGAGACCACUCCCGGGGCUCAGGAAGGGAAGAAACAGUACAAGAUGAUCUGCCAUGUCUUUGAGUCUGAGGAUCUGCAGAUCGCCAAGCAGAAGGGAGAGAUCCUGGGCGUGGUGAUUGUGGAGUCCGGCUGGGGAUCCAUCCUGCCCACGGUGAUCCUGGCCAACAUGAUGAACGGGGGGCCGGCGGCUCGCUCGGGGAAGCUCAGCAUCGGGGACCAGAUCAUGUCCAUUAAUGGGACCAGUCUGGUCGGGCUUCCUCUGGCGACGUGUCAAGGGAUCAUCAAGGGUCUUAAGAAUCAGACGCAAGUGAAGCUGAACAUCGUCAGCUGCCCGCCAGUCACCACCGUCCUGAUCAAGAGACCCGACCUGAAAUACCAGCUGGGUUUCAGCGUACAGAAUGGAAUUAUCUGCAGUCUAAUGCGAGGAGGCAUUGCGGAGCGGGGGGGUGUCCGCGUCGGCCAUCGCAUCAUUGAGAUCAACGGUCAAAGCGUUGUGGCCACCGCUCAUGAGAAGAUCGUCCAGGCCUUGUCCAACUCUGUGGGAGAGAUUCACAUGAAGACAAUGCCUGCCGCCAUGUUCCGGCUCCUCACCGGCCAGGAGACCCCACUUUACAUCUGA